UGUCUUCUCAAAUCCGAAACCUUCUUUGUCGUUUUCUAUCUUCCUUGACAGGUUGCUUGUCUAUAAUAAUUGGCUUCAAGUGCUAGCUUGUUUGUGUGAUCCCAUUCUAAUUCUCUCAACAAUAUGGAAACGAGGAACAGCAUGCAGGUUAUUAUUGCUGCUCCUGGAGUUGAAGGAAAGACCGUCAAAUCGUUACCCAAAACCGAACACAGUUUAACUGAGUUUGUGCAGUCUGUCAUUCUCAAUACACAAGUAACCAAAGAACCAUUCUACGUGCUAAAUUUAGGAGCUGUUGCUGAACUAAUGGACACCUGGUCUCGUCAACUUCCCAUGAUUCAACCUUUCUACGCUGUCAAAUGCAACUCAGAGCCAUCAUUACUUGGUGCAUUGGCUGCACUUGGCUGCAACUUCGAUUGUGCAAGUAAGGUCGAGAUUCAAACCAUUUUGUCUCUCGGAGUCUCUCCUGAUCGUAUCGUGUAUGCAAAUCCUUGCAAGGCUGAAUCACACCUCAAAUACGCUGCUAGUGUUGGUGUCAAUCUAACAACAUUUGACUCAGUAUACGAACUCGACAAGAUCUCUAAAUUGCAUCCCAGAUGUGCCUUAUUGCUUCGACUCAAAAGCCCUGAUGAUAGCGCAGCGAAGUGGGCCUCGUUAGGUUCCAAGUUCGGUGCACUUCCGCAAGAAGUUGAGCCUCUUCUGAGAGCCGCUCAAGCUGCAAAUCUAACUGUCUCUGGUGUCUCCUUCCAUAUUGGAAGCGAAUCCACGAAUCCUAACGCCUAUCGUACAGCUAUUGCAUCGGCAAAAGCUGCCUUCGAUACUGCAGGUAGGCUUGGCAUGCCUCCUAUGACCCUGCUAAACGUUGGGGGUGGCUUCACUGCUGGUUCAUUUUUUGAUGAAGCAGCUACAGUUAUCAAUUCUGCCCUGCAAGAUUAUUUUGCUGAGUAUCCGCAAUUAAAGGUUAUAUCCGAACCUGGCCGAUACUUUGCCGAGACGGUUUUCACUCUAGCCGCAAGUAUUAUCGGAAAGCGCGUUAGGGAUGAUGUAAGGGAGUACUGGCUAAACGACGGUGUUUUUGGAUCGUUUCUAUGUGUUGCUUAUGGUAUUACACCUCCUGCGUGCUUGCCUCUGGCAUUAUCUUCAAAUCGUACGAACCCCACAUGUGAAGGGGCACCGACGCACAUGUCGACCUUGUUUGGACCAACGUGUGACUCAGUUGACAAAAUCGUGGAGGAGCAUCAGUUACCUGAGCUGGAGACCAAUGACUGGCUUGUGUUCCCUAAUAUGGGUGCUUAUUCAAAGGUGUGUGCAACCAAUUUCAAUGGGUUUAGCCCAGAUGUUGUUUUUACUUACCUAGUUUACGGGAAUCUGCACUAAACUGUCUUGAUUUUCCUGUUAUGUAAGUAAUUAUGGGCAAAAUAAAAUUAAAAAAAGAAAGAAAGAAAAGAAAAUGGCAUCAACUCUGUAUCUGGCAAUAAACAGAGGAAUGUAAUAUUGUGUUCUAUCCUA